AUGGGCGCAAACUACAUGGACCUCCAGCCAGGCGCUCAGAUUCCGCCUCAGAUGUUGAACAGCCGCCAGACAAAAAGCUACUCGAAGCGCAAGAAGACGAAAGUAUUCGCUUUCCUGCGUCGUCGGACCUGGGCGUUCCCGUUGUUCCUCACGAUCGCGAUCCUCUCCCUCUACGCCGUCAAUCCGACCGACUCUAAUCCGACGUACCACUUCAUAUUCCCCUCCUACAAGCUCGACGAUGACAGCCCCGGGAUGACACAAUAUGGCAAGGGACCUUGGGACAUCGCCUUCGUUGCCUUCUACACAAUAUUUCUCACCUUCACCCGUGAGGUCUGCAUGCAGGAGCUCCUGACACCCCUCGCUCGCGCAUGGGGCAUCAAGUCCCGCGCCAAGCGCGCACGCUUCGCGGAGAACAUGUACACGGCGCUCUACGUGACUGUUAUCGGACCCUGGGGCCUGCACGUCAUGAGCCGUACGCCAGUGUGGUAUUUCGACACCCACGGGAUGUACGAGGGCUUUCCACACCGCACGCACGACGCCAGCUUCAAGUGCUACUACCUCCUACAGGCAGCGUUCUGGGCGCAGCAAGUAGUGGUGAUGGUGCUGGGCCUGGAACAACGACGCAAAGACUUCCAUGAGCUUGUCGCGCACCAUGUCGUCACGGUUGCACUGGUUGCACUGAGCUACCGCUUCCAUUUUGCGUAUAUGGGCAUCGCGGUGUACAUCACGCACGAUAUCAGCGAUUUCUUCCUGGCACUUCAGGGGGUGUCGUUUGGGGUGUGUAUCGCAGUGUGGAUCUACCUACGACACUACAUCAACCUGCGGAUUCUCUACUCUGCGCUGCCAGGAUCCGAAUUUAGUACCGUUGGGCCGUAUGAGUUGAACUGGGAGACUGAGCAGUACAAGUGCCCGUUAUCGAACUUCAUCACCUUUGGCCUCUUGGCUUUGUUGCAGGCACUGAACCUGUUCUGGUUGUAUUGCCUGCUGCGAAGCGCUUACAAGUUUGUCUUCUUGGGGGUCGCGAAGGAUGAUAGAUCGGAGGAUGAGGAGGUUCUGAUAGCCCCGUCGGCCGUUCAAGACAAGGUAGUAACGGCUUCGGAUGUGUCAUCCCACAGCCUUGAGGGACCCAAGCCCCCAUCAACACAACGCCCUGUGCAGGAGAGAAGACCUAGAAAGGCCACGAUAGAGUUGGACAGAAAGAAGUAG